AUGCCUGCCCCAACAGCGCUUGUCAGGCGCCCGGAAGAGCUUGCUGAAGCCGUCAGUGUGCCACUACCAGAUCAGAAUAUUGACGAUGAAUUACUACUGGAUGCGCCAACAUCGGAGACAAAUACCCUCCAGCCUAUUGCUGGCGACGCAGAUACGGAGAUGCACAUUGAUGAAGAGGGGCGACCAAGAUUUGCGCCAGCGAAAGCAUCUGAUGGACCUCUGAGGAUAGAAAGCCGUAAAGUCCCAAUACCGCCACAUAGGAUGUCACCUCUUAAAGCCUCAUGGCCGAAGAUUUACCCACCACUUGUCGAGCACUUGAAACUCCAGGUCCGAAUGAAUGUGAAGAAUAGAGCUGUAGAGCUACGAUCGUCGAAAUUCACGACAGACAGUGGGGCGUUACAAAAGGGAGAGGAUUUCGUAAAAGCAUUCAGCUUAGGAUUCGACGUCGACGAUGCGAUUGCACUUUUACGACUCGACGACUUAUAUAUCGAGACAUUUGAAAUCAAGGACGUAAAGACAUUACAAGGAGAGCAUCUGGGUAGAGCUAUCGGCCGCAUAGCAGGAAAAGAUGGAAAGACGAAGUUCGCGAUCGAAAAUGCUAGCAGGACAAGAGUAGUGCUUGCCGAUUCCAAGAUCCAUAUCCUUGGAGGAUUCAAGAAUAUUCACAUCGCGCGCGAGGCAAUUGUCAGUUUGAUUCUCGGAAGUCCUCCAGGGAAGGUGUAUGGAAACCUACGAACUGUGGCAUCGAGAAUGAAGGAAAGAUUUUAA